AUGGUUGAACGAUUGGACACGAUACAAGAUUCCCUGGAGCGAUGGCAACCCUCGCCACCACCGGACUUUAUUGAAAGAUUUACUCAAUCUGAGGUUGUCGGAAUGCUCGCUCAGGCCAAGAUCCUCCGCCUUGCGGCUUUGCUUAUUGUACAUCGGCUACGCUAUCUCUAUGGGCAAUGCGACAAAGAAGCACUGCACUUUGUCCAGCGCUAUUACCGCGGAGGUCGAUAUGGUGUUGCAAUCGAUAGGGCGCUCAAUACCAUGCAUGGGACUUCCCUAUAUGGUUGCAUGCUUUGA